AUGACGAUGAGAUCGUUCACGGCCAUAUUCUCCCUAGUUACCGCCACCUUGCUGGCUGUGGUCAGAGCCGACCUGGAAUCCGCAGCGGCCCUUUAUCCCAAAUGUGGUUCAAACUGCUCGGCCACCGACCAAGCAUGUAUCUGCACGAACCAACAACUGGCAGAGGCCAUCACAAUCUGCGUGGCCAUGAACUCCACGAAGAAUGUCUCCUUGACGGCUUGCGGCGCUCCAGUCCGUGACCGAAGCAGUCUCAUCUCUGGAUUUGGAGCAGGAGGCGGCGCCGUGGCCCUGGUUAUCUACGCGGUUCGAAUAUUUGCCAAAAUUAUCGUUCCAGCGGCAAGGAUUGGCUACGACGACAUCACAAUUAGCAUUGCAAUGCUUCUCCUUGUUCCUUUCUCGGCGCUGUCAGUAGUUCUUGCCAGUCACGGCUAUGGCAAAGACAUCUGGACGGUGCCAUUUGACGACAUCACGCUCAUUCUAAAAGUGUACUUUGUUGACGAAAUCCUCUACCUCAUCAUAAUAUCCCUGACCAAGGUGGCCAUCAUUUGCUUCUACCUUCGAGUCUUUCCCGAAAAACAGUUUCGACGCGUGGCUUUUGGAACCAUGGCCCUGACGAUCGCAUACAUGGUGAUCUUUGUCAUUGUGUCGGCCUGUCAGUGUGAGCCGGUGUCUCUGGCGUGGACGUCCUGGGAUGGCGAGCACGAGGGCCGAUGCAACAACGAGAACGCACAGGCGUGGGCCGCCGCAGCUGUCAACAUUGUGCUGGACGUCAUCAUUCUCAUCAUGCCACUGCGGCUUGUGAUGAAGCUCAACCUGCACUGGAAGAAGAAGUUACAGAUUAUGAUCAUGUUGAGCGUGGGAGCAUGUGUCAUCGUCGUCAGCGCCCUCCGACUCGACACGCUCUUCAUGUUCGCCAGAUCCCAGAACCUGACGUGGGACACCACGGCCUUCGGCUACUGGUCCUGCAUCGAGAUGGACGUGGGCGUCAUCUGCGCCUGCAUGCCUGCCAUGUACUCGUUGUUCAAGUACUACUUUCCCCAGAUCCUCAGUGGCACAGCCCAGGGCAAGAGCAAGGCGAGCGGUGUUGUUGUCUCGGGUAGUCGAAGCGGAGCUCGCACUCCGGGGUUACAGUUUGACAGGAGGAGGGACGACAAGGAUGGGGGCAACGACUUUGUCCGUCUGGUUGACCUGGAGAGCGUCAAGGAGGAGAGAGUCGGCACUGCGCCGGGGACGGCAUGCUAG